UUUCAAUAAAAGCUAUACGUUCACCUCUACAGAAGUUAAUUUCUGUUUGUGGCUUGUCAUCCAUGGCUAACAUCAGGGGAACAAGAGUGCUAGGAGACAGAAGACAAUCGCGUGAUCAUCUUGUUGAAGAGUUUGUUCCUCUUUUUGGUUGGACAGAAGACUCUAAAGGCUAUUAUCUUCUUGUUCAGCUUCCUGAUUUCAAAAGUGAUCAGCUGAGACUUCAAGUUGACUCCAACGGUGAUAUAAUUCUUAGUGGGGAAAGGAAGGUGAAUGGGGGCAAAGCUGUAUAUGUCAAGCAGACCUACGAACUGCCAAAGGAUUCAGAUGUUGACAAGAUAACUGGAACUUUUGAUGAAGAGCUUCUUCAUAUAACAAUUCCAAGGCAAGAAGAAAAAGUAGUUGAGAGUGAGCAUGAGGAAAAUGUCCACAUAUCUCCAGGUAAUGGGCAAGAACCGCCUAAAAAAACUGAGAAUCUAGGCAGACAUGAUGAUGGAAGAUAUGAUUACAAACAAGACCAUGACAACCAAACUAAAGGAGACGAAAGCAAGAAAACUGGCCAUGUAGAUAGCUUCCCUAAAGAGUUCGUAAACGGACUCAAGGCAGGUCCAAUGCAGAGGGCAAUGGAGUUGCUUAUGAAAAAUAGGGGGAUUGCUCUUGCAAUUGUAGUAGCAUUUUCCCUGGGAAUGCUUGUGUCUAGAAUGUUUGAAUCAACUGGGCAAUAAAGAGGCAAAUUUUCAAGGUUAUACAUGAUUUAUGCCUCUUUAAUGUACAGAGAUAUAUCAUGUCCACAAUAAGGGAAUUUGAUAUUUGUCUCUUGAAUGUUCUUCAAACUUAUCAUAUAUAGAUCUCUAUGUUCAUUUUGCUGAUUAAAAAAAAAUGUAUAGAUCUCUAUCUUUAUAAAAUCAGGAACUUUAA